UGAAGCAAUAGACCAAUGGCCUGUGGGUAGACGUUAUCAUGCAGGUGCUAUUAUUAUAACUGGAUCAGGCUGUCCUAUGUUAGUGAUAAGUGGUGGGUUGGAUAAGAAUAAUGAUACAUUAGAUGAUUGUUGGAUUUUUAACAUCACUCAACAUUCCUGGACAAAGUUAGAUGUACCUCACUCUGUUAGUAAGAGAUGGAGUCAUUCUGUCUCAGUGUUCAUUAUGAGUCCUCAUUUUGUUUGGAUAAUAUAACUGUUGGAGGAUGUGUUGAUAGAAAUGGAAUAUUUGCUACUAAUCGUAACAUUGCCAUGUUAACAGAACUUGUUAAUGACUGCAGGGGAAAGUGUCAAGUAGGUGGUACAUAUGAUUCUAAAUUGAUGACUGGGGAACAUUACAAGAAGAAGUAUCAGCAGCAACUACAGACAGGAAGAAGAAUAUGGUUGGAGGAGUACCAGAAACCAAGAAAAGGAGAUACAGCUGAUAUUGAACAAACUGUACAAACUCUUAUGAAGAGUCUUGAAGAGAAAGAGAGAGAAGCACAAGCUUAUCAUCAACAACUGGAGCAGAAGGAUAUGGAGCUACUGGAGAAAGAUAGGGUAGUACAAGAGAAGGAUAGGGAGCUACAGGAGAAGGAUAGGGAGCUACGUGAGUCUGAAGAGGCAGUUCGUAGGUACCAGCAACAAGCACUUACUGAUGAUCACUGGGUUAUUGAUAAUGAUGAGUUGACUUUGACAAUGGAGGAGUUAGGAAGAGGAUCUUAUGCUGUCGUUACAGUUGGUAUUUUAGAGGCAAAAGAGUAGCUGUCAAGUCACUUCAUACUAUCAUCAUCUCAGAUGUCAAUUUAGCUCGUUUCUCCAGGGAAAUGAGUAUAGCAUCACUAGUGCGUCAUCCUAACCUGGUCCAGUUUAUUGGUGCAACUAAAGUGGGUAAUCCUCUCAUCUUGACUGAGCUGAUGAGCACAAGUAUUUGUGAGGAGCUUCACAGAAACCGAUUAACCAAUCAACAGAUUCUGAGUAUUGCUCAAGAUGUAGCUUUAGGCCUCAACUACCUUCACCUGUUUAAGCCUCAGCCUAUUAUUCACAGAGAUGUGAGCAGUCCUAACGUAUUAUUGAAGCCUUGCACUGGAGCUACUGGUUAUGAAGCUAAAGUAGCAGAUUAUGGUACAGCUAAAUUGCAUCAAGGCACUGGUAGUACUGUUAUGCCAGGCAAUCCAGCAUAUGCUGCACCAGAAGCUCGUGAUCCUGAUCAACACAGUCCAGCAAUGGAUGUUUACAGUUACUCUGUUCUCCUUAUGGAAAUGAAUUUGCACUCUCAACCAGAAAUGACUACAACAGAGAGAGAAGUACAAUCUGGUAGUGUCUCCUGGUCUGAUAUGAAGUCUCUCAUACAAAGAGGACUUAAUGUUGAUCCUAGAGCUCGUCCUACUAUGGCUCAAGUAAUAGAGUCAUU